AGGAGAAAGAGGAGGAGGAGGAGAAAGAGGAGGAGGAGGAGAAAGAGGAGGAGAAAGAGGAGGAGGAGCGGCUCCAUAAAACGCCCCGCUCGCCGCCGACCCGGCAGCGCCACGAGAGCCCCUCCGGCGGAGCGCGCAGCUCAAGAUGUCUAAGAAAAUCCAUGGAGGCUCUGUUGUGGAGAUGCAAGGAGAUGAAAUGACGCGGGUCAUCUGGGAACUGAUUAAAGAAAAGCUGAUUUUUCCUUAUGUAGAUCUGGAUUUGCACAGCUAUGACUUGGGCAUUGAGCAUCGUGAUGCCACAAAUGAUAAAGUAACUGUGGAAGCUGCUGAAGCCAUAAAGAAAUACAAUGUUGGCAUAAAGUGUGCAACCAUCACUCCUGAUGAGAAAAGAGUGGAGGAGUUCAAGUUAAAACAGAUGUGGAAGUCUCCCAAUGGGACUAUUAGAAACAUCCUAGGUGGCACCGUCUUCAGGGAGGCUAUUAUCUGCAAGAACAUUCCACGGCUGGUGUCCGGAUGGGUGAAACCCAUUGUCAUUGGCCGUCAUGCUUAUGGGGAUCAAUACAGGGCAACUGAUUUUGUGGUACCUGGGCCUGGAAAAGUAGAGAUGACCUACACUCCAGGAGAUGGAGGCAAACCAGUCACAUAUCUGGUCCACAACUUUGAAAGCUGUGGUGGUGUAGCCAUGGGAAUGUACAAUCUUGACCAGUCUAUCAAGGAUUUUGCCCACAGCUCUUUCCAGAUGGCACUGUCUAAAGGCUGGCCCCUCUAUAUGAGCACCAAGAACACCAUCCUGAAGAGAUACGAUGGCCGCUUUAAAGACAUCUUCCAAGAUAUCUAUGACAGAGAAUACAAGUCCAAGUUUGAAGCAAAAAAGAUCUGGUAUGAGCACAGGCUCAUUGAUGACAUGGUUGCUCAGGCCCUGAAAUCUGAAGGAGGUUUUGUCUGGGCCUGCAAGAACUAUGAUGGGGAUGUGCAGUCUGACUCUGUUGCGCAAGGCUAUGGCUCUCUGGGGAUGAUGACCAGUGUGCUGAUCUGUCCUGAUGGAAAGACUGUUGAAGCAGAAGCUGCUCACGGCACAGUUACUCGUCAUUACCGCAUGCACCAGAAGGGCCAAGAAACAUCCACUAACCCCAUUGCCUCCAUCUUUGCAUGGACAAGAGGACUAGCUCACAGAGCUAAGCUGGACAACAACACUAGCCUCAAGAACUUUGCAGUUGCCCUGGAAGAAGUCUGUAUUGAGACCAUUGAAUCUGGCUUCAUGACAAAGGACCUUGCUGCCUGUAUCAAAGGCCUGCCUAACGUCACACGCUCUGACUACCUGAACACCUUCGAGUUCAUGGACAAGCUUGCUGAAAACUUGAAGGGGAAGCUGGCAUCUUUGCCGAAACUUUAAGGCAUGGGUUCUACUCAAGCUCCAGCAAAGCAUCUCCCACUUACACUAGCGUGUAAGUGGCACUGUAUCACACUCUGUAGCGUUUCAAAUACUAGACAAAAAUGAACCUGUAAACUUUUUUAAAUGUUUGAUAUACCAUGUUUUCUUAAACCUCUUAAGCUGCUGGCCUAGGCCUUACUUUUGCUAAGCAGCUGAAUGUGAUUGAUAGCAUUCAACCUCAGUGUGGGUCUGGAUUCCUAAUGUCAUUCACAGCAGACCCGAGGUUUCUCUCCGUGACUUCAUGAUCUGUUUUUCUUUUGUUCUUCCUCUCAGACUGAAGGCCAGUCUGUGUCACAGCUCUGGUCAAACCAGUGGUGACUUACUGUCCAACAGACCUUAGAAAUCAGAACCGUCCUCAUCUCUAUAUUACUGUCCAUUGAAUAUAAGAGAACUCUCAGGGCUAUGGCAGCUCUUCUGCAGCCCCUCUCAUCUUUUAGUGCCAACCACAGCAUAGUAUCCUUAUACUAAAGGAUUUGAUCCCAUUGCUACAGUCAGGACUGUAGUAUUUGAGAAGCACUUAGUAAAUGCUGGAAACAAGGCCUCUGGGCUAAAAGCCUAAUAAAGCCAUGCUGCAGCAUCAGAAUGCAGACCAUGCAUUUAGUUAUACUCCUGACUGGAUGUGAAGCAGAGGAACUGUUACCUCUUCCUCCACCCCGCACUUCAUAAAGGUGCAAAACUUUUCUCUAAUUGUCUGGGCUAUUACUCACCCUUCCUUUUGUGAUACAGCAAGUCAGAUUAUGAUUGUGAAAAACUAUUCCAUCCAUGGGUUUGUGUUUGGAGUUUUUUUAAAGAAUAUUUUAGUUCAGACUGAAAUAAAAGACAGCUAACAUUC